AUGGGAGCAGGUGCCUCGAAACCAGCCGACCCGGAGAAGGCGAGAAAACAUGUGUUCACUAGUGAUUCACCUGUUCAAUUCUCCCAGGGUCUCGUUGAGUCGCUACAGUCAAGCUCCGAGACCGACUCUUCACGUUCUCAAUCUCUAGAACUUCACAUCCAAGCCCGUGUUGCCGAAGAACUCAACCGUAUCCGCGCACGAGAAAAACAAACUCUAGCAGAUAUUGAAAAGAGGAUAGGAUCCUCAUACGCUUCCGAAGCUCCCUCCAAAACCAAAAACAACGCUUCCUCUUUCGCCAGCCAGCCUUUGUCGCUUGAGUCUCCCCGAGUCCCAUUUGCUGGCACCCAAUUUGAUCCCGCUCCUGCAGCCGUUUCCUCGCCCGCCCAAACCACCGAUGACACGCCCUCCAACCCCAAGACCGUGAGCAGUGGUAAGGUUGCGAAGGAUAUUGAGUCGUUGCGAGAGUCCCUAGCUUCCAGACCUACGAUCCGGAAAUUAGAUACCGAACUUGAAAGUGCUAGGGAAGGUGUUGUGAAAUGCCUGCGAGAUAACCAGAAACGACCGCUGGAUUGUUGGCAAGAGGUGGAUACUUUCAAGCGUGAGGUUGCUAGGUUAGAAAAGGAAUGGGUCCAAAAAAUGAUAAGCUGA